CAUUGCUACUCGUCGCACACGCUGAUCUCUUUCUUUCACACAGUUCGGACUUUUGGGCGCAAGCGCUCUGGAGACCUCGAGAUUUUGUCCGUACUAGGCCUUCUGCCCCCUUCUCGCCGCCACCUGAACCCCCUUCUCGUCUCGCCGGCUUCGCCGCCUCCUGCAUCCUCGCAACCCGCGCCGCCACCACCCCCUUUUCCGUCCGAUUUAGUGUACUGAGGAUACCUACUCGGGAUUCAUCCCUCCCCGCGCGGCGAUGUCGGCGACGCCGCUUCCCCCGCCGGCGCAGCCGCCUGCGCCCCCGGGCCCCGACGGCGCGGCAGCGCUCCCGCCCCCGCCGGGCACGGACAUGACGGGGAUCUGCUUCCGCGACCAGCUGUGGCUAAACACCUACCCGCUCGACCGCAACCUCGUCUUCGACUACUUCGCGCUCUCCCCCUUCUACGACAUCACCUGCAACAACGAGUCCCUCCGCUCGCGCCAAAUCCACCCCCUCGACAUGUCCCACCUCACGAAGAUGACGGGGAUCGAGUACUUGCUGACCGAUGUGAUGGAGCCGCACCUCUUCGUGAUCCGCAAGCAGAGGCGGGAGAGCCCUGAGAAAUCGAACGCCAUGCUUGCUUACUACAUCCUUGACGGCUCCAUCUACCAAGCGCCGCAGCUCUGCAACGUCUUCGCCUCCCGCAUUAGUAGGGCUAUGCAUCAUAUAUCUAAAGCUUUUACUGUGGCAUGCUCGAAGUUGGAGAAGAUUGGAAAUGUGGAAACUGAGUCUGAUGCAGCAACCUCUGAAUCAAAGACCCAAAAGGAAGCAAUCGAUGUGAAGGAAUUGAAACGAAUUGAUCAUAUCCUCUCAUCCUUGAAACGAAAGAUGCCUCCUGCUCCUCCCCCUCCACCUUUUCCCGAGGGCUAUGUCCCACCAUCAGCAUCAGAACAAGAGAAAGCACCAGAUGAUAUGCUGGCCUCAGAGGCACUGCCUCCCCAAAUCGACCCUAUCAUUGAUCAAGGCCCUGCUAAAAGACCACGAUUCCAAUGAGAUUUGUUGGUUAAAUCCGGCUGAUACAAUAGCGACCUAUAUGUUAGAAAGUGGCAAAUGUGGACUCUGAAUUCUGUGUAACGGUUAUUUAAGGACGAAAACAGGACCACCCCUUGGUGGCGUGAUAAUUUCGACAGCUCUGGGAUAGCUUGUAGAUUAGCCAAUGUUAUCU